ACACGUGUGUCUUUAAAUUAAUAAUUUAUAUAUUUUUAAUGAGCUGAUGAGUAAUCACGCGCGUGUGUUUAUCAGCGAUAUUUCGCAAGUGGCUCAUCAAUUGAGGCAGUUAAACAUCUUUUUACUAUGUGCGAGAAAGCUUUCUCCCCCUUUGUAACGAGCACCCCACAAAACACUGUAAUCACUUUUGAAAACGACCAAGAAAUACAGGAUUUGUUGCAACAACUCAAGGACGCGAAAACCGAAUUUCAGCGUACUCAAGAUGAGUUGGAGCAAGUAAAUAAAGAUGUAAACACAUGCAGAGAGGAGAUGGACCGGAGGAUGAUCAUGAUGGUUCAGAUGGAUGAAGGCCUGUGGAAUUCACUGCUUGAACUUGAUUCUGUCAUGCUGGAGAGAAAAAGUCUAGAAAACCAGUUACAAGAAUUAACUUUGUCUAGUACCAUAGAGUCACAGCAAGCUCUUCUGAGCGGUUUGCAGGAAGAAAAAAGCAGCCUGAUGGAGCAGGAGCAUAAGUUACAGCUCAGAUGUGAGCAGCUAAGGAAAGCAUUAGAAGGACCUUCUUCAAACAUUGAGAAAGAUACCUCAUUUUCACAGAGUGAAAAUCCAACGAAACCAGACUCAUCCAGUCAGAGCAAGUCCACUGUAAAACCAGUGAGAAAAAGAGGAGGACGAAAGUGAAGAUACCCAUAAUCCAAUAUGACAAAAUAAUGAAACUGGAUUUUUUUUACUUUGUAAAUUAAGUUCCAAUAAAAUUGUACAUGUAAAAAUG